UCUGCUAGCUACUGUAUAAUCCUUACUCCGAGGCUCCAAAAACGCCUCCAUGGGCGUGCGGUACUGUACAUCGCUCCUCCCUCACCAUUCACGCACCGUCCUUACUGUCCACUAACUCGCUCUAAAAGAAAGCACCAGGCGUCCCGGCAACCAGUCCACCAGCCAUGCAAGCACGCAACAAGCAAGCAGACAGACAUGACCAAACCGACGCCACCGUGAGCAGCGCAGCAGCAACUCAAAGGCUGAAACCACCACCAGGAAAGAAUCCAGUCGCCUGGGAACAGGGCAACUCAAAGAGAACCCACUCAACUCGCCAUUCGCCAUCCUAACCAACACCACUCGCCGAUUCGCGCCAGAAAAGUCCGUUUCUCUGAAAGGAGAAGAAAGAGCAGAAAAUCCGUCCGGAAGCA